UUGCGUUCAAAAGGGGGAGAUGAUGUGGUUGCACAAGUGUACACAUCCUCUUAUUACUCGGGAUGCGAGUCACUGAAGAGCUGCAUGCGGCUCUAGGGCCGUGGGUUGCCGACCCCCGUCCGAACUGACCAGUGUUUAGACCUGCUUGUGCAUAUUCCCUUCACCUUUAACGAAAGCUCCGGUUGCAUCCGAAUUAUUUUGUACUUCACCUGCCUCAUUUCCUUGGGACUACUUAAGCUGCCAGUUUCUGUCUCUCGCAUUGCCGCGAUGGAAAGCAGGGACGUGUCUCGCGCGUGGGAGUGUGUACCUCGAGUGUUUAGCUGUAUCCGCGCGUAAUUACGCACGGCUCUGUGGCGCUGUAUCUUGGGAUUCCUCUUUUAUCGUCAUAGGUUUACAUUUCACUGAGUAGUGCGCGUCUGUGUGUGUGUGUCUGUGUCGGGAGAGAGAGAGAGAGAGAGCGUGAGGGGGCGUGGCUUGCACGCUUCUUACGCUGGUGUUCCUCCUCGACUUGAAAAGUGCCGUCUGUGGGGAAACUUGCGCCACACAGCAAAGUCUUCACUCGGAGGCCACUCGUGGCGUGGACGCGCCCACAGACGAUGCAACGAUGGCCAAUUUAGCAGCUCACCUUCGUGGACUAUUCUUCGAUCCAAACCCAAAGACUUGCGCCCUGCUUGUCGACUUGUAGGAGGCUCCUCGUCUCAGAAGAAUGAAUGAGGAAGGAAUAAAGACGUUUUACAUCGUCAUUGAAGUGGUCAUUGCUCUCCUCUCCAUCUCCGGCAACGUUCUAGUGUGCUGGGCCGUGGCCAUCAACACCACCCUGAAGAACGCCACCAACUAUUUCCUGGUAUCCUUGGCCGUGGCGGACAUCCUGGUGGGCUGCCUGGCCAUCCCUUUCGCCAUCACCAUCAGCAUCGGCAUCCGACUGGACUUCUACGGCUGCCUCUUCCUAGCCUGCUUCGUCCUGGUUCUCACCCAGAGCUCCAUUUUCAGUCUGCUCGCCAUCGCCAUCGACAGAUACCUGGCGGUCAAAAUCCCUCUCAGGUACAAGGAGUUGAUGACAGGAAAGACGGCCAGAGAGAUCAUUGCUAUUUUAUGGAUCCUAUCCUUUGUCAUCGGGCUGGUCCCUUUCUUCGGCUGGAACGUCAAACACUCGAGUUGCAGGAAUGUCAACGCUACCGGCGGGCACAACAGUACGAACAGGCAACCGGACGCGGGGCCGAAAGGCGGACUCUCACGACCGUGGAGUUGCGAGCUCAGGUGUUUCUUUGAGAGCGUGGUGGACAUGGAGUACAUGGUCUACUUUAAUUUCUUUGUGUGCGUGCUGCUGCCACUCCUCAUCAUGCUGGGCAUCUACAUGAAGAUCUUCACGGUGGCCAGGAUGCAGCUGAGGCAGAUCGAGCUCAAGUGCGUGUCCAACGGCGACAACCAACAUCACGGCCUGUUGCAGCGGGAGAUCCGCGCCGCCAAGUCGCUGUCCAUCAUCGUGGGGCUCUUCGCCAUCUGCUGGCUGCCCGUCCACAUCCUCAACUGCCUCACGCUCUUCUACAAGAAGCUGGUCAAGCCCGACGAGGUCAUGUACUUGGCCAUCAUUCUGUCCCACGCCAACUCGGCCGUCAACCCCAUCAUCUACGCCUACCGCAUCCAGGACUUCAGAAACACCUUCCGCAAGAUCCUGGAACGGCACGUGCUGUGCCGCAAAGAGGAGCUCUGCGUCAGCUCCAAUGGCAGCAGGCGCACGAGAGACCAGAUACACAUGACGAUCGAUCCCCUGCUAUAAGACGCGCCACUAUUUCCACUGAAUGAUGUUUACACAAGCAGGGUAUAUGAUGUCAAACACGCCUUGAGGAUUUGUCGUCGUCGAACAACGUUAACACUACCUGGAUGUGCCGGACUGUGAACGGGAGCCAAACUUUGAAACAUUCUAAAAUGUUAUUUAUGGUUCGGAAGAAGCCCUGAUAGAACUGCAACAGUCCUGUUUUUCUUUUUUUUGUACUGCCAAGAGUCUGUGCAAGUGUUUAUUUAUUACCGUAAUGCAUCUCUGUGAAUUUGAACUCGGUGAGUCUGGACCCGUACUACUCUGUAUUACUUGUGGACCUGAAUAGGUACAAUAGAAGUACUUCUCUGGUUAUUUCUGAUCACCCUCCCCAGCUCGCUCACACAGUGUUUCCGCUUGUUGAACCUUCAAUACUGAGAAUAAGGGUGUUGUCGUCUCUUGAGCUGUUUCCUAUGGCCACGUGCAUCUCUCUUACAGGUCAACUCAUUUAAAAAGGAAAAUUAGUUUUAUAGAGUAAAUCAACUACAGUCAAACCUCGGUUUUUGAAUGUCGCUGUUCUCGACCAAAAAUUUCGAGUUUUUUUUCUGUCUCGGCUGACGACCAAAUUUCGGUUCUCGAACAAACUGAGCGCACUUGAAUGCGUCACUUGACUCCUCUCGCCUUCCUUAAACGAUGAAGUGACGCUUCAUCGUGUGGACAAGGAAGUGACACAUCCUCGUGUAGCGUUCCAUUGUGAACAAACGUGUUCAAUAAUUUAUUUGUUUUGUUUUAAAGCAUGGUUUCGGUUUUCGAACUAAUCGGUUUUCAAACAGCCUUCUGGAACAGAUUAUGGUCGAAAACCGAGGUAUGACUGUAUACAGUUAGGUUUAAAUUGAUCCUUACCCAAAUUUGGAGUUAAUGUAAAUUUGUAGCUGUUAAAUUUGUAUAUUCUGGGUCAAAGUGACAAAAUGAAUGAAAGAGGAGAUAUUUGCUACUUUUGGAGAACUUAUUUGUAUUCCGACUAUUUUGACAUUUUCUUCCCACCCAUAGUAGGGUAAGCCUAGUGUUUCGUACUUUUGCCUAACAGUUCUGAAAUUCAGGUGUUAAAUCUGAGCUCAAGCCUUACAAUGUAGAGUUUGCAUGUUCUCUCUGUGCUUGUGUGUGUGUGUGUGUGUGUGUGUGUGUUCAUUCGCCUCUCUAACUUGUCCAUGAAAGUCAUCGUGCUACUGUAUGUAUCUCUCAUGCCACAAUGUCUUCGAAACCACCACAGCUAAAAGAUACCCCCCUCAACAAUUAGCAGGUAGAUACAAUCAGUCAUAUCAUCAAAAUCGGUUGAACUGGAUUUAUCCUCUGGGUUUAAAUGCAGAAAUCCUGCAGGGUUUUACUAGCUUCAAAAUAUGUUGUUGUAAACAAAACUAUGCUACGACGUUUCCUAUUUGAGACCUAACUGUAUUAGCCCCCCUCCCCCCAAAUUUCAUUAAGUCGUAUUAACUCCCACGAACGGUAAUCAGAUAAAUGAGAAAUGAGGUGAAAGUGAAGUAGGGAACACUAAUGGGGUUAUUGAACCACACCUAAUGGUGUAGCUGCAGUGCUUUUUUUCUACUGAAUCAGUUUUUUUUCUUGUAUUUUUAUUUAUUUUUUUUGCUGGGUGUGGUCAACACUCAGCACCCACGUACAAAAUUGUGUUCCAACUUGAAAUGAUUUUUUCCAAGACGAGGAAGAACAUCUGUUCCACGACAGGAACUCCAGCGCCUGUUGCAACUAAAAGGCCAAAAGAAAGUCGAAGAAAGAAAUUGACAUUGCGCUUGCUUUUUUUUUUUUUAAUGUCAUUUCCUUUAUUUCAAGGCUCCAAACAUUGACAUGUCUCCCCUCUUUGGGUGAUGUAAAGGGCUAAAUAUAGCGUGGGUGUGUCAACAUUCCAAUGGAGACAGCGAUACUGUAACUGCACUGUAAUGUUGUGUAUGUACUGUAUAUACAUGUGUGUUACGCUUUUUGCAAAAUGUUUUUUUGGUGACAUAACCAUUAAAUUGAUCCAAAUCAACUAUCCUGA